AUUGACACUCGUGUUUUCGAGAGAGUUCUUUUUCUUUUUUUCCAGUAGCAGCGUCUUCGGGAGAGUUCUUGCACCCUCUUCGGGAGAGUUCAAGCAAAAGUGACUGUAAGAUUCGCUAACGUGCGUCUUUUUUAUCCUUACUGUGGUUGGCACCACGUUUUCGAAUGCAUGCGUUUUUACAAAUCACUGCGGGACAAAUGUCGACGAGAAUCGGAUAAGAUUUAUAGCCAGGUUAACAGUUCUUUUGUUUCUUGUUUUCGUAAGGACCGGAGCUUGCCUUGCUUUGUUCUCGAGAGAUGAUGCAGGCUUUCGCGAGUCGUUUGAUCCGUGGUGUUGCCAAGAAGAGUGCAGCAGCAGCGGGGGCUCCGAGCUGGAGAAAUGCUGCUACCAGUACGAGGAUCAAGCGCCCUGAAGACGUUGUUCCAAAUCCUUAUACCGGCGACGCUGGUGUGAUGAAGAGGCAGACAGCAUCCGAGUACUUGCAUCAGCGCGGAAGAGUGUACCAGGUACCGUGUAGGAAAAACGGGAUGAAGAUGGUAACGACCGACAUCCUCCGUAGAGAGCUCCUUCCAGUGCUUCCUCUGGCGGGAAUGGUGUUGCUCGCCAUUGGGCUGGGGGUGUGGACGUUCUGGUGGGAGCACGUAGCCCAUCCCAACGUGAGCAUCACUCGCGACCUCCGGGAGAGGCUGUUCGAGAUCGAGCACCCCGAGUGGGUCAAGCGCAAAGCCGCCGUCUACCUCCAGAGCCCGCUGCGGAAGAUGUCACUCGAGUGGCCAACCGCUCGCAUCGCUCACAUCCAGCAGGAGCCUCCGCCCCCGAUCGGCCAUGGCGGCCCCUUGAGCUGAAGAGCUUCUUCUUCUUCUUCGUGGUAGUGUAAGUGUUUCAAGUUUUUCUUUCUGUUCUAAAGCAAAGCUCUUGUUUUGUGUGCGAAAGUAUGUAUAUAAAAAGACGAGUUUUGGAGAUCUGAAGGAGUCCGAGGAAUAAGAUUACAAGUUUUGUUUCA